UGCAGACAAAAGACAUUCUGGGUACAGAAGGGACAGACAGUCCCUCUUCUUUAUUUUGGGUACCAAUGAACUGUACCAGAUCAGAUAUUUUUAUGUUGGAAGGAACCAUUCUGCUUAUCCAGUCAAGUCCUUCUAGAUGAAGACGCUAGAGAUUUGAAGAGUUCCCGACUGGUGAAGUAUGAUGCUGUUCCCAUUCAGUCCAGUGUGGUGCUAUGUUCCUGCCCAUCCCCAUCAAUGGUGAGGUCCCAGACUGAGUCCAGUUCGGCCCCUGGCAUGCCUAGUGGUGUUACCAGGCAGGGACCCACCAUGGAUGGCACCACAGCCGAAGCCCGACCAAGUACCAACCCCUUGCAGCAGCACCCUGCCCAGCUGCCGCCACAACCUCGCAAGAAGCGGCCUGAAGACUUCAAGUUUGGGAAAAUCCUUGGCGAGGGCUCUUUUUCGACAGUUGUUCUGGCCCGAGAACUGGCCACUUCCAGAGAAUAUGCUAUUAAAAUUCUGGAGAAACGUCACAUUAUAAAAGAGAACAAAGUCCCGUACGUAACUAGAGAGAGAGAUGUGAUGUCACGCCUGGAUCACCCAUUCUUUGUGAAACUUUACUUUACAUUUCAGGACGACGAAAAGUUGUAUUUUGGCCUUAGUUAUGCCAAAAAUGGAGAGUUACUUAAAUACAUCCGCAAAAUCGGUUCAUUUGAUGAAACCUGUACUCGCUUUUACACGGCUGAGAUUGUGUCUGCUUUAGAGUACUUGCACGGAAAGGGCAUCAUUCACAGAGACCUUAAACCAGAAAACAUUUUGUUAAAUGAAGACAUGCACAUCCAGAUCACAGAUUUUGGAACAGCAAAAGUGUUAUCCCCAGAGAGCAAACAAGCCAGGGCCAACUCAUUUGUAGGAACAGCACAGUAUGUUUCUCCAGAGCUGCUCACAGAGAAGUCGGCAUGUAAGAGUUCAGACCUUUGGGCUCUUGGAUGUAUAAUCUAUCAACUUGUGGCAGGACUUCCACCGUUCAGAGCCGGAAAUGAAUAUCUUAUAUUUCAGAAGAUUAUUAAGCUGGAAUAUGAUUUCCCAGAGAAAUUCUUUCCUAAGGCAAGAGAUCUUGUGGAAAAACUCUUGGUUUUAGAUGCCACAAAGCGUUUAGGCUGUGAAGAGAUGGAAGGGUACGAGCCUCUCAAAGCUCAUCCAUUCUUUGAGUCCAUCACAUGGGAGAAUCUGCACCAGCAGACACCUCCAAAACUUACAGCUUACUUGCCAGCCAUGUCAGAAGAUGAUGAAGACUGCUAUGGCAACUAUGACAAUCUCCUGAGUCAGUUUGGCUGCAUGCAGGUGUCAUCCUCCUCCUCUUCCCACUCCCUAUCCGCGGUGGAUACCAGCCUGCCCCAGAGGUCGGGCAGCAACAUAGAGCAGUACAUCCAUGAUUUGGACACUAACUCUUUUGAACUAGACUUACAGUUUUCAGAAGAUGAAAAAAGGUUGUUAUUGGAAAAGCAAGCCGGUGGAAACCCUUGGCACCAGUUUGUAGAAAAUAAUCUAAUAUUAAAAAUGGGCCCAGUGGAUAAGCGAAAGGGUUUAUUUGCAAGACGACGGCAGUUAUUACUCACGGAAGGGCCACAUUUAUAUUAUGUUGAUCCUGUCAACAAAGUCUUGAAAGGUGAAAUUCCAUGGUCACAAGAACUCCGACCAGAGGCCAAGAAUUUUAAAACUUUUUUUGUCCACACGCCUAACAGGACGUAUUACCUGAUGGAUCCAAGCGGGAAUGCUCACAAGUGGUGCAGAAAGAUCCAGGAGGUUUGGAGGCAGCGGUACCAGAGCCAUCCAGAUGCUGCUGUACAGUGACGCGGCCUGCGGCCGGGCUGCCUAUCGCUGCCAGGACACCUGCCCCAGCGCGGCUCGGCCGCCACCCAGGACGCUUCCAGACCACCUGCCAGCCAUCUCAAGGAGAACAUGGAUGGUGGAAACCUUGCAGCUUUUUUAUUUAAAAGAAAAGAAAAAAAGAACCCAGCCACACAAAGAACAAAACAAAUAACCAACAAACAGGAAUUCAGGGUCGCUUUGCUUGCUCUCUGUGCUUUGUGGUGGCUUCCAUGUGCUGCUGUGGCCAUGGAGACCCAGCUUCUUGCACGGUAGCUCAGCUUCUGCCCAGACCAGUGACCAGAUUUGGCAUCACCAGCCCCUCCUAGCAUCCACAAGAACUGCAUGCCUGCUUCUACCCUUCCCCACCUGAUAAACACAGCUCCUGCUGUAACUGAGGGACCGGGCGUAUCUGGCUCUCCUUCACCAGAGAGCCUCUUAACUCUGCUGGGUUGAUCACCAGCUCACUGUGGGUACAGGGCUCUUAGCUUGUGUGUGUACCUCCUUCCUUGAGUCCCUUAUGUGGCCCUAGAGAUGUAGUCAGGUAUGUUUCUGAUGACAGCGUUUCUGUGGUUCCUGCCCUACCGUAGGCAGGCUGAUGGUGAGAAGUAUGCAGGCUGCUGUAGUACAGUCUGCUCUCAUUGGGCUCUGCUCCAGCAUUCCACUUCCUAGCAGUUCAUCCAGGGAAUGAGACACCAAGCAUGUGUCCAGCAGGGGUGCUGUCAUACUGGCACCUAGAUAACACCAACUAGAUCACUAUCGGGUACAGAAUCCUGUCCUGACCUGGACAAGACUGGAGCUCCCAUGUGGAGGAGUGGUGUCCAAGCCUUCCUGGGAGUUUCUGCAUAGGUUUAAAUGUGAGACAUAAAUGUGCAUGCUCUGUGAGACAGGGACUGAGAAAAUCCCGGGUUGUGUGCCAAUCUCCUGCCCAGUCUCACAUGCACCUGUUGGUGCUGUGGGUAGACACUUCUCAGCUAGCUCAGUUUUUAUAUCUCUGUUGAAAAUCUGAAAGCCUUUUCAUGUUGCUUGGUCACUUGGCACCAUAAAGCAUGGACCUUUCCUGAAAAGAACGUUACCACUGUCUAGCUCACAGGGACAGCCACCUAAGCCUGAGCCUGCCUGUGCCGGUGUUCUUUGCCAGUAUUGGGGAGACUACCCUGAUGCUAAGCUGACAGUGUUUUGUUUUGUGAUACAAAUGGCCUGGACUAUUUCAGUACACUUGCAGAGUGCUUCUGAGGGACUUGGCUGUACCUCUCUCUGACUAGGAUGUCCCUAAUGGGUCUAGGAUGUCCCUUGGUCUCUAGUAGGGAAAAGUAGGCACCUGCUUUCAUAGACUGCUCACAGGAACACCUCUGACUCCUAUGUUGCAAAGGCAGCAACAAUUUUGCCAUUUAUAUAAACUUUCACAAAGGCACUCCAGAAAUGCCCACACAGCAAUUACCCCUGUCCACAGUGACCACCUAUGGGCCAGGUUACCCAAACUGAGAGGGGAAAGAUUCUGUUCCCAAGCUUUUUAACAAUAAGAGUGGUUCUUUCAAACUGGGUGGAGUGUAGAUGAAAAGCUCACCAUCAUGCCUUGGCAGGGGUGCUGGAUGGGAGCAGACUUUGUUAUAUUGUAUGAUAAGAGCUUUAGGUGACCAAGGAGCAGGUGUGGUCCUGACACCUCGCACCCAGGGAACAGAUAGCUUAGCAUACGAUCAGCCUGUGAGUGAAAGUAGACACUCUUUUUCCUUGUUUUUGAAGAACCAUGUUAGCUAAACUAACAUGUCUCCUAAGAGUUCUGUUCUUGUUCAUGCCUUGUGGCUAUUUAGCCCUCAGUAUCCUGUACCCUGUGUUUGCAUGUAUAAGAGUGGCUUCCUGGUUGUCACAUGCAUGCAGAUACAGGGAGAGGCAUCUCUGAGGACAUUUAACUACAGGGGACCAUGUGGGACUGAGGUGUGGCUUAAGUUAGAACACCUGGCUGGCUUAUGGGAGAGUCCUCUGUUGCUUUCUCCCCUGGAGAGCAACACUACCUCCUGGGCUUUACCAAGUGCCAUCCUAACCUCCAAAAUUAGGGUUUAGCUGAACUGGUAGUGGGUGGCCAUGAUGACUGCCCUAUGCUACAAUAGCUGAGCUCUUCCCAGGUCACCUUUAUAUCCUUACUGCCCCCUUUUCCUUGAUUUUUUUUUCCCUUUAAGAACCAUGCAUUCUUUUCUUACCCUGACUUAUAUCACUUUUAGUUUUUUCCAGUCAUCCUUAGAGCCGUCACCCAGUGUGCAGGUGCCUUACACUGUAGGACAGGAUGUGGGUGUCAGUUUGUAUAAUUUUGUGUGUGUGUGUGUGUGUGUGUGUGUGUGUGUAUAAAAGCAAAUGGGGGAAUCUAUCUAAGGAGAGAAAGAAAUGUCUCAUUAGGAGCUCCAGAAGUCGUGUGUCCUAAGAAUGGUAAGGAUGAAUAGAAAGUUCAAGACUGUCCUCUGGCUUCUCACAGUGGACUGUACCUCACUGCCCACUAGCCAUGCCUUUUCUUGGUGUCACAAAUGAAGUUGAGCUUGAUUAGGUCAUUUCUACCUGUUUUUCUGUGCUCCAGCUGGGUAGUGGAUAUAUCCAUGUAGCUAAACUCUAACCUAGUAGAUGCAGUAAAAUACCACUUUGAGAAAGAUGACUUGUGUUAGGCUGGUAGAAACUGCACCUGCUGCUCUUUGGGCUAAAAACCUUAGUGUUGUGAUCCAAGCUUGAAGUAACUUUGCAGAUAGCCAAGUGUGGCACAGACUCCUAGUGCCAGCAACGGGGCCGUAGGUUGUUGUGGCUUUCUUAAAAGUAAUGUGUUUUCUGAAAGUAAAAGAAAAAAAAAAAAAGAAAGGCCCAUUAUUCAGAGACCACUGUGAGCAUUUUGAUUUAGAUCCUGCUUUUCCCUCCCCAACUUUUUGUUGUUGUUGUCAUUGUUGUCCCAGUGCUGGGAAUCAAAUCAGGGCCCUCAGAAGUGCUAAGCAAGUCCUCUACCACUGAGCUAUACCCUUAGCCCAUGUUUGCUUUUUAAACCAAACUGGGAACACACGACACACAUCAUUUUGCAUCCAGCCUUUUCACUUGACAUUUUUCCAUUAAGCAUUUCUCUAUACCACGAGCAGUUCUUCAGAAGCAUGUUUUUAAUAAUUGUGGACUCAAAUGGUUGAUUUAUAAGUUAUCCAACUGUCUCCCUGUUGUAAAACAUUCAGAUCCUUUUGGGUUUUUUGUUGUUUGUUUUUUGCUAUUUAAUGUUUGUUUUUGCUAAUUAAUAAUGCUGUGGUGAAUAUACUUAUGUCUUUGAUUUUUACUCUGAUUUUUUUCUCUCAUAUGUCUGCAAGUGGUAUUUUUGGGUCAAAGAAUUUGUUCAUUUCAUAGCUGUUCCUCCUCUUUGGUCUGUUUAGAUGCUCUGAGUUCCAGUAAUAAACCCUCCUUCCUCAUGUCCUACAGAUUUUGAUCACAUCAGUUCCUGCUAAGCUGUGUAUUCCCAAGAAAGUUUGACUAUGACUGCUCUUUUUUUUUUAAUGCUAAAAUGUCAUUAGUGCAGAUCCAUUUGUGACAAAAUUUUCCAAAAGCCCAGUUUCUUCAUUUUCAUUGCAAGAAUCUGGUCAUGCAUGUUACUUCUCUUCCAUCAUUGCUGCUAUGGCUUCCAAGAGCUUGGUGAUGUUUUCAGAAUCCUGUACUUUGUGUCCACAAUGGUACUGAAUCAGCUUCUGCACAGUCAGCAGAGAUAAAGUGUUGAACUGACCUUGCCACAUUCUUAAUGGGUAAUUCGUAAUUACGUUUAUAGACUCAGACAGUGCAUUUGGCCAUUUUGGGAUCAGUAGCAAAGCAGAGCAGCAAAGCUCUAAUUGAAAAAGAAACCAUGUAGAUGAUUGGCGUUUAUAAAUGUACAGUUGUGAGUGUCCUUGCCCCACCCCUCCCCCACUCAGAUUAGCAGUUCGGGAGAGUGCAGUGGCCAGACCUUCUCAUUGCAGAGGAUGGGUAUUCCAGCUGAUGCUUACGUAAACCUUCCUGUGUGCUGCAGGUAAUUAUGGUCUUUGAAUAAAGCCCACACACCCAAAUUGGAUUGUAUCUGUGUUGUGUGGGGCCUCUACUUGGAAACAUGAAGUAGAGAUUUACUGGCCACCAUACUCAGUGUUACCUGAUUCUACCAGAGCAUAGGGCUCGAGAUGUGUGAAAAUCAGUUCCCUGCUUUCUCAUGCCUCAAGGCUUCUCCCUACUGCUCCAUAGACUCAGGGUGCUUAUAGCUGAGACUUGGGAGGCUGUAGCAACUCAUGAGUAUGGUGAAGAUACCAUGUUCCUGGAGAUGUUGCAGUACACCUUUUCCAUUUUGUAUUGUUUUUGUUUUUGUUUUUCAUUGCAGAACCCAACAUAAACUGACUCCAGUGGGGGUAGCACCUCUUAGGUGCAAUGUAUGACAAGGGCCCUGGCAUAUUAGAUGGGACUGAGACCACUCUCAGAGCCUCUGAAGAUAACUGGCUUCUGGCCUAACACUUAAGGGUUAUAAUUCAGAAUGGUUGUGGAAAAGUGGCCUAGGAAGGAAGCUGUUUCUGUCAAAGCACCUAUGCAGUGGUAAGCAAAUGAAUUAACCAAUGUGAAUACCUGGAAAUUCCCUGUAUCUGAAUGAAGAAUUCAAACUGUACAGAAGGUUUUACAAAAGGCAAAUUUCCCCCUCCUCAUGUAGUCCAGCCUAGUUUAAUCAUCUGGGUUAGUGACUACAAGUGAGUCAUUGUGCCGGUAAAAGCCUCCAUUAUGACCAUUGUUUGAUUGGACAUUGGCAAAUUAAACUGUUAACAGUAUUUAGAGCUGCUGCGGCUGUCUCAUAGCCACGUACAGUAGGAUGAAUCAGUAGUCUACUGCUGUCGUUCAGGUUGGUGACAGUCAGUUAGAACAUGUGUAAUAUUCUCUACCUGGUCUGUAGCUGUAACUGUGAUGUACAGGCAAAGCAAAAAUUAAAAAUACUUAUGAAAACAGAUAAUGCAAUGAUACUAGGAUAUACACUUUUGUAUUUUUAUUCUUAUAUAAGGUUAUUUGCUGGCUAUUGUCGGCCUCUAGUUCAGUCUGUUAUUUAAAUUCUAAUAUAUGAAUUAUUUGGAUUGAAUUCAUGUUUGGGGCCACGUUGUUGUAUGUAUUGAUGUACAGCCUUGAAUGUGAAUAAUUAUUGUAAACUAUAUUUUACAACUUUUUCCUGGCUUUAUUAUAUAAAUUUUCUAUUUGGUCAUGGUUUAAUCAUAUAAUUUAAUGAAACAAUUUUUUUCUUUUUUUUUCAAAUAUCUGUGCUUUAGAUGUAAUUACCGGAUGAUGGAUUUCCCUCGUAUGCUCGGUAGUCUUGUAAUAAAAGCAUGUAGAGUGUA